AUGGCCGACUCAUUUACUCUCCCCCUGCGUCCUAUCCUUGAGGAGCGCGACCGCCCAGAUACCCUCCCGGCAGAGAUCGCUCAAAUCAACAGCCAGUGGGGCUCGUUUCGUGAGGUGAACGAAGAGGUUCUUCGGACCAGGAUUGCCGAAGAAUACAAAGACGACUUGGACGAGGAUGAGGGUGACCAAAAUGCAGCAGAUCUUGACUCAACAGAGCGCCUGGAACAAUUGUAUAAGCGACGGAAGGACAUCAUUGAUUUCGCCACACAAGCUCACAUGGAGGCGAUGUUUGCCGUUGAUUUCAUUUCUCUACUUCUCUCUAAAGAAACCCCGCGCCAGGCCGAAACCUCUAUGUCGCCCUUUCUCAAGCAAAUCGCACCUCUUGGCUCACUCAACGCCGAGGUUGUGAACCCUCCCCCGAAACCAGAGUCCACAACGAAAGACACAUCAGCGGUAUCGAGGGGAUGGCGCAUCCAGAACUUCAACGGAGCGGCAAACAAACUUCUUCAAGCUGCCUCCAGGCUCGAAAACGAAGUUGCAUCGGAGACUCGCUACUGGAAUGAAGUGUUGACUGUCAAGGAAAAUGGGUGGAAGGUUUCUCGACUUCCUCGCGAAAAGCAAGCACUCGGUGUGCAAUAUGGAUUCCUCGAAGCCACCCCCAUUUUCCGUGACCGCGGACUCGCCUCCCUACGACGCGCUGAGAAUGGCAGUUUGAUACUGGACAAAGGACUGAUUCCCGCAAAGGCUCGUUUUGUCCAGGUGCGUGUGAUGCAGGAUGGACGACUUAUCGGCCGCUCCAAGUCGACUAGUCCCACGAAUGACGAACAAACAAUUGAAAGUCGAAUCUUACAAGCGCGGGAUACACUUUAUGAAGAGGAGCUGUUCCAUGAGCUUGUCCGAGAAGCUAGAGCGACGGCAAGCUACGGCGUGACGACCCGCCAAAACCUCAUUCGCAUUCCUGUUUCUGAUAAUCUUGAAAUUUUGCUAGACCUUGUGGACAUGGAUGAAAAUGAACCCCAAUCUGAGCAAGACAUCUCACAAAACGGUACCCGCAUCGCCGAAGGCCUGUCUCAUACAAUUCACAUCUUACUGGCAUAUGCCCACCGUCAAAACCUGCACCGACGGACCCUACUUCCGCUACCAUUGACCCCGAAAAAAAGAUCCGUCCCUGAACACCAACUUUUUCGUCCGGCGCUGGCUUACAUCCAGCACAUGUCCCAUGUACUGUGGCUUCAGACAUUCUUGAAAGACAUCUUUGGUGUUUUACACUCGGCCGCCUUGGAAAUUCCAGCGUAUGUCCAGCAUGUCUUUUCGACAAGAAUGGCUCAAACCUCCGCUCCCUCAGUUGAGGCAGUCGUUGAAAGGUUCCUUGCACCGUUUGAGUCUACAUUCAGCGGUAAAUUGUUGACUGCUCGAGGCUCUUUCUCAAUCACAAUUCGUACCAAUAUUUCCUCCCCCCGUUCGUCUCCUGGUCGUCUUUCCCUCAGGGAAGAUGUCGAAGCGGCUAUCACGCAUCUCUUGUUACUCGAUGUUGUCUUUACCACCUCAUCCAACGGUCUUUCACCACCCAAGCCCGAACAGGAUUUGAAAGAGGAUUGCGUCUGGGACGCAGUUUACCCACAGCAUGGUGAGCUUGUGCUAUCAUCAUCGAAUCCCGAAAAGCACAAAAAGAUCAAGAUUGCCCUGACUCGCCAUGAACUAUCUCUCCGGGCGUACACUGUGCGUUGCAUCGAUGGCUCCGGACGUGGAAAGUGGGAGCAACCCUCACAAAUCCCCAGGCAGUACACAUGGGGAACCCCUUCUGCAUGCAACCAAUCUCUUAUGGCGGUUGUUCUAGAGACAUCACGCUGA